CGGUGAACUCCUGUCUAUCCAGAACUCUCUUCAGCAUUCAUCCCUGCAGAUAAACUCCAGCAAUACAUAGAAAUCUCUCAGAAUCAUAAACUUCAGACUCCAAGAUGAUAUUGCUGUUCUUCUUGUUUGGUCUCUCUCUGGCUGCUGUGGCUCCUUCAGACAAACAGGAGAUGAAGCUCCAGCGGGGCGGCUGUCCCCCGUUCUGGUUCAGAUUCAAUGGCCGCUGCUACAAGUACGUCGCCACCUUGAUGACCUGGGCUGAUGCAGAGCAGCACUGUGUGAACCAAGGAGCCAACCUGGUGUCCAUCCACAGUCUGGCAGAAGAGAACUUUGUCAAACUGCUGAUCAGAAACUUUGAUCCCGCUCAGGGAGCCAACUGGAUCGGACUCUCUGACGCUCAGAACGAUGGAAGAUAUUUCUGGUCUGAUGGGUCUAGAUUCAACUUCAAGCUGUGGAAUGCAGGAGAACCAAACAAUAAAGGAGGACCUGAACCGUGUGUGCACACCAACUAUGGCCCAUCGAAAGGAUGGAACGACACACAGUGCAGAGCUAAAUACACUUUUGUUUGUAAAGCUCGUCCGGUUUGCUGAGAAUGUAAUUC